GUGGAACUGUCAUUAAAGAAAAACAAGGAGUGCCGGCUUGUUUUCUCCCCUCCCUUCUUGCUUCUUCAUUCAUGUAACUCUGGCUGCCUCCAGCCAGCCUUUGCCCACUGGACUCCCCGGCCCUGAGCUCACAGAGGUGCAGCCAGACGCCGAGAAUGAGUGCUUUCUUCUCUGACCCCGCGGGCCUCUGCCUGGCUGUCACCGUGGUGCUGGGGGGGAUAGUUCUCUGCAAACUCAAGACAACCCUGGGGCAUGUGGGGAGACAGACAUGCUUGGCGUCCUUGGUGGGCCUCUGGGGAGGGGCUUGCCUGCUCAGCUUGUCCCUUUUUUGGGGCUUGAUCCUCUUCUCCCUGUCAUGCUUCCUCAUGUAUACUUACUUACCUGGCCACAAGUGGUUACCUGUGGAUCAAAAGGCAGUCCUCAUCACAGGUUGUGAUUCUGGGUUUGGCCAUGCUUUGUCCAAGUAUCUGGACCAGCUGGGGUUCACGGUAUUUGCUGGAGUCUUGAAUGAGAAGGGAUCAGGAGCAGAGGAAUUGCGAAGAAUGUGCUCCAAGCGCCUCUCCGUGCUCCAGCUGGACAUCACCAACCCGGCGCAGAUAAAAGAUGCACACAGCAAAGUUGUGGAAAAGAUGCAGGAGAAAGGACUGUGGGCUCUGAUCAACAAUGCUGGAGUCCUCGGCUUGCCAGCUGACGGGGAACUCAUCCCCAUGGCUGACUACAGACAAUGCAUGGCUGUGAACUUCUUUGGGACCGUGGAAGUCACGAAGACAUUUUUGCCUCUUCUCAGGAUAUCCAAGGGCAGGCUGGUGAACAUAAGCAGCAUGGCGGGAGGCGUCCCAAUGGAAGGACUGGCGGCCUAUGGCUCAUCUAAGGCAGCUCUGAGCAUGUUUUCAGCAAUUAUGAGACAAGAGCUUUCCAAAUGGGGAGUUAAAGUCUCCCUCAUUCAACCUGGAGGCUUCCAAACAAAUAUCGGAGGCACAAGCGAGAUGCGGGACAAGAUGGAGAAGAACCUCCUGGACCACCUCACCCCCGAUGUGCAUGACGACUACGGCCGGGACUACAUCCUCGAUCAGCAGAAUUGUUUCCGCUGCAUGAACACACAGGCCAGCCCGGACAUGUCCCCCGUGCUCCUGGACGUCCAGCAUGCCAUCUCUGCCAAGAGCCCCCUGGCUUUUUAUGCACCGGGAAAGUCAUCUUAUCUGUGGUUUUGCAUUGCCUCCUUUUUCCCUACUGCGGUGUUUGAUUAUCUUAACAAAAGAAAUCAUGGCCAGUCAAACCUGCCCAGGGCUCUGCACUCCCUCCACUGCAAGAAUAAUGCCACGUAGGCAGGGCUGGGCCUCGGUCUGGUGGGAAUAGCAUAGUCCUGGAAAGAAAGUGAAACUGCAAGCUUUCGAUUAAAGUUGCUUGUUCCUGCCUUGCAUUCCCUGUGAGCUUUGCUGGUUCACCAGGACUUGGUGGUGAGAAGGCCAUAGCUGGUAAUGACCACCAUGGAGAGCAUUAAUUGGGUGUUUGCUAUGCACUGGAUACAUUCAGCUACUCUCUCACCUAAUUCUCACCAGAUAGCUGUCUUCACCCGCAUUUAAUAGGGAAGGAAAGGAAGGAUCAGAGAGGCUAAGUCCCCAGUUCAUUGCCACACAGCUAGCAAGAGACAGAACUCGAAUUCAAACCCACGGUGAUCUCCAGAGCUUGCACAUUUUCUACCAUGUGUCAAUGCCUGCUAGGAAAGGAGAAGAAAGAAAAAGAUGAAAAGGAGAAAGGGAAGGAAGGAAGAAAUGACAAGGGCAAUAGUUAAAUUAUCUCCAGUGUCCUUCUCAUUUGGCUUUGAUAUUCGUAAUGACGACAUCCAAGUAUUGGAUUCAAUAUAAAUAAUCAGGGCUCUUUGUUCCUCUUCUCUCUUCAUCUGUCAGGAGCUCUGGACAUAAUGGGAUGAGGUGACCCAGCUCAAGAAUGGUCCAAGUGGCCUCUUGGCAGACCCAGGAUGUCUGGCUAGAUGGUUUGGUAUCCAGAGUAACCACCAUCGUAGCCUGUAUUUGAACAUCCUAGGAUGGAAAACUGGCUUUAUUACCUAGAGGAGCCCAAUAGAAGGGCAUGAUGUCAGAAACUAGUAGAUGUAUGGGGCAGCUGGGAGAGGCAAAAAGGGAGGGACUGGUGAACAGAGGGGUGCAUAAAGAAACCGGAAAAAACAUUAGCUUGUGGAAAGCAAGGGCCCAGCAAUCUUGUUCAUUGCAAGCUUCCCUUUGUUCUGUUUCCUUUUUAGAAUGUGAAGGCACUUCUUCUAUUUUCCAACUUUCUUGAGAUUUUGUGAGAGUAGGUAAAAUGACAGUGCUCUGUGAUUUCCCCCCAAAGAAUAUAAUAAAAAACAAUAUAGUGGGAUAAAUACUUAGGAAAUAUUAAUACAAUACAUUUUUAAUGCACCCUGUGGUUGUCCCCAUCGCUUCAGCACAGAACAAAAAAAAAGAAAAAAAAAAUCAAGGUUUAAGUAUCGAUUUCUAAAAUAGGAACUUUCCAGAGAAAAGAGUUGUCUAAGCCAAAGCUUUCGCCAGCAUGAUUCAGGUGUUAUUGAAAGAGCAAAGGAUUUGUGCAACCUUCAACCCAAAGCAUGGAGGAGGACUGAGGAUUGUGUGUUUUAUUAUUAGGGAUUGUAUGGUUUUAUGGGACCUGUAGCAUCAGCAUCACCUGGGAGCAUGAUAGAAAUGCAAAUUCUCAGACACCACUCCAAACCUCCGAUAUUAGUUUCCUGUGGCUGCUGUAACAAAUUACCACAAAUUUAGCAGCUUAAAACAACACAAAUUUAUUCUUGUACAGUUCUGCAAGUCAGAAACCCAACUGGGUCUUACAAGGCCAAAGUCAAGGUGUUGGUAGGGUCACAUUCCCUCUGGAGGUUCUUGGAGAGACUCCAUUCCCUUGCCUUUUUUCAGUUUAGCUUCUAGAGGACACCCACAUUCUUUAGAUCUUGGCUCCACCUCACUCUGAGCUCUGCUUCUAUCGUCACACUACUGCGCUCACUCUGAUCCUCCUGUUUCUUAUAAGGACCCUUGUGAUUCCAUUGGACCCACCCAGAUAACCCAGGAUAAUCUCCCCAUCUCAAGAUCUUUAACUUGAUCCCAUCUGCAGAGUCUCUUUAGUCAUGAGGUACCAUAUUUAAAAGGCUUUGGGGAUUAGGGAGUGGACAUCUUUGGGGGGAACCAUUACUCUGUUUACAACACCUAGU